CUCGUGGUUCCAGCGGGGAGAGAAGGAGGAAGCAGGGAGCGGGGCGGCUGGGUGGGGGGGGACCCGCCGCGGCUGCUGCCACCACCGCCUCUGUGCUCGUGGCGUGGGGGAAGGAGGUGUGAGUCCCGGGCGCGAGCCGGCGGCGGCGCCGCUGCUGCGGGAGGGCCGGCGGCGGGAAGGCGAUGGCGGAUAUAGAUAAACUCAACAUCGACAGCAUCAUCCAACGGCUGCUGGAAGUGAGAGGGUCCAAGCCAGGUAAGAAUGUCCAGCUACAGGAGAAUGAAAUCAGAGGACUGUGCUUGAAGUCUCGGGAGAUCUUUCUCAGCCAGCCUAUCCUACUAGAACUUGAAGCACCACUCAAAAUAUGUGGUGACAUCCAUGGGCAAUACUAUGAUUUACUUCGACUUUUUGAAUACGGUGGCUUUCCACCAGAAAGCAACUAUCUGUUUCUCGGGGACUACGUGGACAGGGGGAAGCAGUCAUUGGAGACCAUCUGCCUCUUACUGGCCUACAAAAUCAAAUAUCCUGAGAAUUUCUUUCUUCUCAGAGGGAACCAUGAAUGUGCCAGCAUCAAUAGAAUUUACGGAUUUUACGAUGAAUGUAAGUACAUCUAAAGAAGAGUUAACGUAAAUGAAGAUACUUUGUCACAAACUGGAUUGGGACACUUUUCUUGUUAGGGUUUAGGAGAGUUGGAUGUAAUGUUGUAAGAGCAAGCUCUUUCUUUAUUAUCGUGGGUUUUCCUUUGUUAGAUAGAAGAUGUAAUACCUGAAUUCCUUUAUGUGCUGAUCAGAUUGGAAGUAAGGAACACAGUAAUGGUUUCUUUAAGAUAAUUGUUGUGAGUACAGUGUUCACAAUAACUUUUUUUUUGGUCUUACUGGGGCUUGAACCCAGUGCCU